UAUUUCAACAGUUGGUUUCAGCCACUCACUAAAUGGUCAACGAGCCAACUUUCACUUUGCUCGGAUCAUAUAUAUUUCCUGCUAUCUAUAAUUAGUUUCCCAACCACUGUAAUCGAUUUUAAAAUUAAAUCUGGCACUUUGUAAACAUGGGGUCUUCUUAGUUAAGCGUCUGCGAACUUCACUUGAACUUUUCAUGAGAUUGAGCUUUGGAUGACAAACCAUUUAAAGGAAACCAAGCCGCCCAGAGAGGAUACAUUAUGGCAUUAUGUGGCAGACGGAGUCGGUCCAAGUUCAUUCUGUGCAUUCUCGGAGCUUUUGUUGCGGGAUAUUUAAUAUUUCCUAAGGACGCUCAGACUCCGAGUGAUGUCGGGCUGGCGAGUCGAAGAGAAGUGGCAGUCGUGGAGCGCAGUACUGUGGACGAGGAGUUGAUAAAGAGACCUGUUUAUGAGAAGCCUCCUCUGGAUAUUAAUGCAUUGGGGGAGAUGGGCAGAGCUGUCAAUCUGGACCUGAAAGAUGAAGAGAAGCGAGAGCAGGAAGAGAGUAUCAAAAAACAUCAAAUAAACACGUAUGUCAGCGAUAAAAUAUCACUACACCGCAGACUGCCUGAAAGAUGGAACCCAUUAUGUAAAACCCUGAAAUAUGACUACCUGAGCUUGCCCUCAACCUCAGUAGUGAUAGCCUUCUACAAUGAAGCCUGGUCUACACUGCUACGUACAGUUCACAGUGUCCUGGAGACCUCGCCUGACCUGCUGCUCACUGAAGUGAUACUGGUGGAUGACUACAGUGACAGAGAUCAUUUAAAGGAGCCUCUUGAGAACUACAUUGCCAAUCUCAAAAAGGUGCGUCUUAUCCGAGCGAGAAAGAGAGAGGGUUUAGUGAGGGCGCGGCUCCUGGGGGCAUCCAUUGCUACAGGAGAAGUGCUGACCUUCCUGGACUGCCACUGUGAGUGCCAUGAGGGCUGGUUAGAGCCAUUACUCCAGAGAAUAAAGGAGGAGCCUUCUGCUGUGGUUUGUCCAGUUAUAGACGUUAUUGACUGGAACACAUUUCAAUACCUGGGCAACCCUGGAGAACCUCAGAUCGGAGGAUUUGAUUGGCGAUUGGUGUUUACGUGGCACACCAUCCCAGAACAUGAGCAGAAACUCAGAACUUCCUCCACUGAUGUUAUUAGGUCUCCUACAAUGGCUGGCGGUUUAUUUGCAAUCAAUAAGAAGUACUUCCAUUACCUGGGCACAUAUGACAUAGGAAUGGAGGUUUGGGGUGGAGAGAACCUGGAGUUUUCAUUCAGAAUCUGGCAGUGUGGAGGGAGUCUGGAGGUCCACCCUUGCUCGCACGUGGGCCAUGUCUUCCCGAAGCAAGCGCCAUACUCGAGAAGCAAGGCCUUGGCCAACAGCGUGCGGGCGGCAGAAGUCUGGAUGGAUGUAUACAAAGACAUGUAUUACCAUCGCAACCCGCAUGCCCGUCUGGAGGCAUAUGGUGAUGUAACAGACAGACGGAAACUCAGAAUGCGUCUUAAAUGUAAAGACUUUAAGUGGUACUUGGACAACAUUUACCCUGAAAUUCAAGUCCCAGAGGACAGGCCUGGCAUGUUUGGGAUGCUGAAGAAUAAAGGAAUGGCCAAACACUGCUUUGACUACAACCCACCUGAUGAUCAUAAUAUGGCUGGUCACAGGGUCAUUCUUUACCCAUGUCAUGGCAUGGGUCAAAACCAGUUCUUUGAGUACUCCACACUCCAAGAGAUCCGUUACAACACAAGGGAUCCUGCAGGCUGUGUUGUAGCUGAUCCUGUCUCAACCUUCCUUACAAUGCAUCACUGCAGUAAGUCCAGGGAAGCUGUGCCUGAAGACCAGAAGUUUGUCUUCAGAGAGGAUGGCACUUUCUACCACAUUCAGACUCAGCAGUGUGUUGAGGCAGUGGACCGGACUGACACCGGCAGCCCUGGCCCCGCUCUCCGACCCUGCUCAGACUCUGCCUUCCAGAAGUGGAUCUUUGAAGAGAGAACAUAGCCGCACUUUUUUAAAGGGCAUUUAAUAUGGGCAGUUCUGACUUCACACCAGUUUAUUGACCAUUCCACUGUCUUUCUUCUUAGAUUUUAUUGUGCCUUCCUGGUAUAUGGCCACACAGGCUGUAUAGAUGAAAUAUAACACGAACAUAGAGUAUAUUGCAAUAAAUUGAAAGAAGAGUUCUCUCAAAAAUGAAAAUUCUGUCAACAUUUACGAGGAUCAAAACCCAUAUUUUUUCUUACGUGAAAAAGGAGGUCCUUGGCAGAAUGAUAGCCACAGUGACAAUUUAUUUUUUUUUAAUGAAAAAAUUAGUGCAUUGAAAUUCCUCUCUUAGUCAUUUUUUUAAUGUGUCAAGGCGGUCGUCGUGUUUACAUUUUAGGAUCACUGUAUCUUUACAGCUUAUUGUAACUUCUAUGUCUUUCUCUAUUCCAUCAGACAAUCACUAUCAUUUCACAAGCUGGUACAGUAGUUUGACUUAUUUUAAUCACAGUGCUGCCAGCUCCAUCUGCUGGUGUCUUACUCCUCCCUCCUAUUCCUGUUGCUUCUAUUUAUAAUUUUUCUCUUGACUAUAUCUAUUUUUUCUUAAGUGACUAGUAUAUUUAAAGAACUCGUCCUUUAUGAUCUGGUUUCUAAUCCAAAUCUCAACACUUGAGCCUCUUGGCAGACUCUUGUAUGCAUUUUUGACAUUUUUGAGUCUUGAGGUUAGGCUCAGAUAAACAGUGACGCUGUCACUGGCAUUCUCUCUACGACCACUAGAUGGUACCAAGUCCUCCGUUUUACUCGAUGUCCUGCGGUGUCCUCCAUCAGCUCAUAUUUACAUGGCUGUAAUUUCAGGAGCUCACUGUGCAGUGAUUCAGAUGCUAGUUUUAGGUUUUCAUACCUAAUUAGAGCUGAAAAAUAGAAGAAUGAUUGUUCCUGAUAUACAAAAAUAGCCUACCUCUUGUAGUCAUGGAUUCUCGAUCAAUGAGGGGAAAAAAGGAGAGAAGUUGAGUUCACAGCAAAUACUAGAUUUUGGUUGCCAAAUUGCUGUAAUUUCACUUUAUAUUCUCAUUUAAUUACAGUCAAGCAAUGCUGAAUCGUCAGUUAGGAGUAUGUGAAUAUAAACCUCUUUUGGACUAAUGUCAUUAAUCAUACAUUUGUUUGAUUAACUUAUCACUUAUAUUUAUUGCUGGAGUCCUUAUGCAUUGAAGAACAGCGAGUAGAUUUUAGUUUUUCAUUUGUAUUUACUACAAUGUUUUAAGUGUCUUUUCGUGUGUCUCCUGAAGUAUAAGAGGGCCGUUUACUUGUUGACCUUGUUUUGAUAAGGUUUAUGUAUAGUUUGUUUGUCAUAACUUAUACAUAUUAACAUGGACCCGUAAGUUGAUGGGAACACUGAACAUUGACUUUGGGCAAAUUCGUUUACUACUUCCUUUUAUCAACAUGUGAUUUCUAUGAGAGCUUGUGACAUGGACUCAAUACUGUACAGAUAUUUCCAGGGCCUCCACAGAUUAGCAAAUGAUUCUUUGAUUAUCUUCAGAUUUAAAUGGGAACCAAUUGUGUUUGCACUGGUUAGGCCUGUCCUAGUUAUUCAAAGCCUAAAAUUGAUUGUCAGUUGAUUGGCUUAAAAGGUGAAAUCAAAUGACAACAGCGAUGAUCUUCUAUAUAGAUGGCCGAGAGUCCCAUUGAGACCAUUGUGUUGCACUUAACAUUAAUUUCAUGGUGCCCUGCUUGAAACGGAAGUAUAAAACAAAAACUUUAUUAUUUUUUUAUGCUUUCUGAUCUUUAAAAACACCCAUUGUUCACCCAUAGUUGUCACAAUGCCCAAAGGAAAUAAAUGACCAAAAGCAUUGUGUGGUGUUGGUCAAAUUGACAGUGAUUUUGCACUUUUUUGUGAAACAUAAAUGGUUUAAUGGUGUUUUUUUUGUUUGUUUGUUUGUUCUUCUUAAAUCCAUAUCUGUGCUGGCAAAUAAUUCAGGUAACUUUAUGCUGUUAUACAAGUGGCCUUAGCAUAUCAGUAAUGAUGAAAAUUAUUUAAAAAAAAAUCUGUAAAUGCAUUAAUUAUGUAUGUUUAAUAAAAUAUGUUUUAUAACUUAUGUACUAUUGAAACUAAAAUUGAUCAAGCUAAAAUUGCAUUCUUGUUUGAGUUUUUACACUUUAAAAUAAAGCCAUUGAAUAACA